AUGACACCCGACGCCCCCGCCUUGGGCGACACCUACACGCUCAUGGAGUUGCCCCGCACGCCCGACCUUGCGCUUUCGCAGAGAGUCGUGGUGGCCGAGGCCCAGCGAGGAAAGCGGUUUGCCGCCUCCGACGCCUUGGACGUCGGCAUUUCGAAGCUGCUCAUAGCCAGCUAUGUCCUCACGCCCACGCCCAAAUUGGUGUGGCUGUAUCCGUUGUCGCCGGCCACGAUGGUGACCAGUAUGGACGUGCAAGCCACGGGCCCGGGCCUGCAAAUGUACGCCGUGGGGCUUUCUGCCCGCGGCAAGUGCCGGCUUCUCUUGGUGCACAAAACCGGCAGCGAGACCACGGGCUCGGCCGAGGUGCGGUUGCCGCGGGCCGCGGUGGCCGUGAAGUUUGCGCCGGGCUCGGCGCUCUAUGUGCUCUUGGCCAACGGCGAGUUUAUGCUUGCGGACUGGGCACACAGACGCAGACACCGCCAAGACCACUCGCCCCGCGGCAAACGCCUCAGGCACGGCACCAAGCCCGGCCCGGCACGUUUCCACACGUUCAUCCCCAAGGGCCUGUUCCACCACCCCAACGACUUGUUGUUGUACGCCGUGCGCACGCCCGGCCUGGCCGCCGUGACCUUCCGCUUGGUGGCACUCAGCCUCGCCCGCUCGUUCGAGGUGUACCAGGUGGCGCUGUCGGGGCCCGUGCCGCCGUUGCUCCACGCCUGCACAUACGCGCAGGGCAUGCUCUAUGUCUACGACCACGGCAGCCUCAGCAUCUCGCUGCGCUCGCUCAUGCGGCCGCACGAGCCCGUGGCGCACAUGCCGGUGGCCGCGUUGGUGCCCGGCGCCCGCGCCAAGACCUUGGUGUCGCUUGCCGCCGUGGCCGCGGACCGCUUGCUCCUCGCCUACAAGCUGCUGGUGUUCUUGGUCAACUUCCGCUUCCACAGCUUGUUGGCCGAGCACACCAACCACCUGGGCAACAGCGUGUACUUGGCGUUCGCGCUCCCCGCGGCCGCCGGCCCGGCCCAGCCCGCCCGCUCGUUUGCCUUGUACUUGAACGUGGAGGACUCCUCCAAGAUCUGCAAGUUGAAGCUGAUCCAAGUGGACGCAGGCGCCAGUACCUUGAGCGAGUGCCUCGGCAAGUCGCUCGCGCCGCCCGCGCCUGCCCGGUGGAGCGGCGUGCCGCUGCUCGGCGCCCCGGACUUGCCGGCCGCGGCCUCGGCCGAUGCCGCGCACUUGCAGGCCGUGUACUCCAAGUUGGCGCGGGCCCAGGCCAAGGGUCAGACGGACAACUUUGACCACGUGCUCGUGGGCUUCCUCAAAAACGGCCCCGGGCCGCGCAAGCCCAAGCCCAUGCUGCGCUACGCCGCGGCCACGGACCGCGUCGUGGACCACCGCUUCGUCGAGCAGGCCGUGGCGCUCGUGUUUGCGCUCGCCGAUGACGGCUCCUUGCAGAUGGCGGCGGCCGGCUUCUUGCCGCGCGGCGCCGUGGCGUACCUCUUGAGCCACCCGUUGUUCCCCGCCAAGUACACCCGCGGGUUGUUGGUGUUGCUCUCGGCGCUCGACGAGUCCGCGUUGCUCCGCCACGCCAUCGACCACUGCGCCGCGUUGCCGCUCGCGGAGCUCGUCACCGAGCUCGCCAACCUCGUGGACGUGUGCGGCGAGUUGGCCCCGGACGCGCACGACGACUUGCGCUUCGUCUCGGGCUUCUUGCAGGCCACCGUCGACCGCGUGCUCCGCGACCACGCGUUGCCGCAGAUCACCGCGCAGCUCCGCGUCGUGUUGAGCGCGGACGCGGACGCGGACCACGCCAAGGUGGAGCGCAUGCUCCACGUGCUCCUCGACGUCAACACCACCGGCGCCUGGACGCUUGUGCAGGCCGUGGUGGACGUGGGCGGCCUCUUCAACUGGGCCGUGCCCACCAUCCUGGCCUUGGCCGGCGUGGUGGACGCCAAGCUCGCGGCCUUGUCCGUCAACAGCCACAACUUGACCUUGGCCACGCAGGCGCUCCUCGCGCUCGACCUGAGCCAGCCGCGGAAGGGCCGCCGGCACGAGCCGCAGGUUGUCGACAACAUCCACGAGGUCUCCAGCCGCAGGGCGCAGUUGGACGCGCUCUUGACCAUGUCCAACAACACCACCAACCGCCGCUUGCUUGCGGACGAGGACGUGGAGUUGGCCAAGCAGAUCCCCACCUACUCGCGCGAGAAGCUUAUUUUCUGA